AUGGGCUGCAGUAUUUCUAAUGAGGCUGCUGUCAUACAGCUGUCUUCUGAGGAGCUACAGAACAACCAGGAAGCCAAAAGCCAGACUAAAAAUGACAGCAUCAGUGGAACAGAGACUAUCCCAACACAGGAUAGGGCAGCUUGGCCAACGGGCACUUCAAAGGAUAGAGCCAGACCUGAAGACCAGACCAGUGAGGGGGACUACCCUGAGGAACUGCCAGAAAGAUUUACAUCAUCUCAGAAAAGCAGCAAUGCACAAAGCACAGAUGCAUUGUCCAUCAGUGAGUUCAUCAGUAAAUCAUGGCUCUUACAGGAAACAGAGAGGCAAAAACUCAUUCUUGAAGAUGUGAGGAUGCAGGGAAUAAUCAAGACCCAAAGUACCACUGCCAGGACUGGAGAAGUGUAAGAAAACAAGAGACACCUGGAAAAGACACUGAAGAAACCACCAGCUAGGCUGGAAAAAAAAUCAUUUGGAAACAAGGAAGUAGGUGAUUCUACAAUGAAGGACAUGAAAAUUCUGCUGAAAGCAAUAACUGCCCACCAAACUACAGGGAAACAGACUGAAACUGACUGCCCAAGUUUCAAAAGUCAAGGAAAUACAGACCCCCCUCAGCCCUCACCUUUAGAUGGUAAACCAGGGAUACUGCUGAAGGAAACAAUUGCAGUAGAAGCCACAAACAAUUAUACCGAGAACUCUGUCAUUGUGUCUGAAACUUACAGCUGCAUCGAUGAAAGAAUUUGGAUCUAA